GUGGGGAGAAAACCCAGAGUCCUGGUUUCUAAUGUCAUUGUGUGCUAUCUCCUCCCCCCCCCCCGUUCUUUUUUUUUUUUGGUUUGGGAUGGUGAACAAGGGUACGACCUGGAUUUGUUCUGCAUCCCCAAACAUUACGCAGAAGAUUUGGAAAAAGUCUACAUACCUCACGGACUCAUCUUGGACAGGACGGAGAGGUUAGCCCGGGAAAUUAUGAAAGCCAUGGGGGGCCACCACAUUGUGGCUCUCUGCGUGCUGAAGGGAGGCUACAAAUUUUUUGCCGAUUUACUGGAUUCUAUCAAAGCUCUGAAUCGGAACAGCGACAAAUCCAUUCCGAUGACCGUCGACUUCAUCCGCCUGAAGAGCUACUGUAAUGACCAGUCAACCGGCGAUAUAAAAGUAAUUGGCGGGGAUGACUUAUCAACCUUGACUGGGAAGAAUGUCUUGAUUGUAGAAGUAAGUACUUCAGUUGGCAGGUACUACUACCUUUAUGUAUGUUUUGGGGCCCGUUGCCUUGAGUUCCACUGAUUCCUUGCAAGGUCUGAGUAAGCUGUAUAUGGAUUAGAAUCUUCUUGCAGUUGCAAAUUUCAAGGCCACUUCAAACCUAUCAAUUUCUUCCAAACGGGGAAUGAGGAAAAUGGUUGAAAUAUUCUUGUUGAAACAAGAUUUAUU